GGCCCGGAAUCGCCGCCAUGCCUCGGGCCUCAGGCCUCGGGAGCGCGCUGCAGCCGAGCAGGGAUCCGGAAAGGCCGCCCCGCACAGCUCCCGGGACUGUCGCGCCCGGGCCGCGCCGCCGAGAACUGCUAGCGAGGUUUUGCAUUAACGGCGGGUUUAUUUAGACAUUGCCCCACGGAGCCCCAGAGGAAGUGGGGAAGGGCUCUUGUGCUGUGAAGAAGCUUUAAAGUGCUGCCUGUUAACCAGUAAUCCUGACCCACAGGACCUAGAAAAAGACUGUUAGGUUUGGAAGGUGGUCUUGUCCUGCUCAGCAACCUCCUGCACCGUGGGCCUUCUCCAUGGCAUGCCGGCUGCCGCUCCGUCUGCUGACAUGGGACGUGAAGGACACACUGCUCAGGCUCCGCCGCCCCGUAGGGGAGGAGUAUGCUGCUAAGGCCCAGGCCCAUGGGCUGGAGGUGGAGGCCACAGCCCUGGGACAAGCCUUUGGGCAAGUGUACAAGGCUCAGAACCACAGGUUCCCUACCUAUGGCCUGAGUCGUGGCCUUACCUCCCACCAGUGGUGGCAGGAUGUGGUCCUACAGACCUUCCACCUGGCAGGUGUCCAGGACACCCAGGCAGUAGCUGCCAUUGCUGACGAGCUCUACAGGGACUUCAGCAGCCCCUGCACCUGGCAGGUGUUAGAGGGGGCUGAGAGCACCCUGAGGAGCUGCCGAAAGCGGGGUCUGCAGCUGGCAGUGAUCUCAAACUUUGACCGCCGGCUAGAAAAUAUCCUGGUGGGUCUGGGCCUACGGGAACAUUUCGACUUUGUAUUGACUUCCGAGGCUGCUGGCUGGCCCAAGCCAGACCCCCGCAUUUUCCUCAAGGCCCUGAAGCUUGCUCACGCAGAACCAGCAACAGCAGCCCAUAUUGGGGACAAUUACCGCUGUGAUUACCAGGGAGCGCGGGCUGUGGGCAUGCACAGUUUUCUGGUGGCUGGUCCAGAGCCUCUGGACCCCACGAUCAGGGAUUCUGUACCUGAAGAACAUAUUCUCCCCUCACUCUCCCAUCUCCUGCCUGCCCUGGACCGGGGUUUAGCCCCUGGGCUGUGAGUGGGGAGGAAGUUCGCUGGGCCUAAACACUGAAGAUAGGAGGCCACUUCUCUCUCCCAGAUGUGGACUGGGCUUCUCCCUAUGCAGCCGAGUAACUUGUUCCCACUAUAAAGAACACUCCCUACAGGCCUCUGAGCUCACCUAUUCACCCUUUCCUGCCAUGAGCCUCCCUCCCCUUCACCCAUGUUCACUUUUGAGGGCUAGAGUGCUUACCUAGCAUGAGUGAGAACCUGAGUUUGAACACUAGUAGUGGAAAACAAAAGAAAAAAGCAUUUUUGACCUUUUAGUAGCAUUGCCACUGGGAUUCUGAAACCCCUCUAUCAAAAUAAAAAACCUAGAGGGGUUGAACCA